AUUAUAAAUAGUGACAUGAAACCUGUAAUCUGUAGAUGUUUCCUUAUUAUUGAUUUUAUUUGCAGGAGACCGACAGAUGACCUUUCGCCAGAAGAACGUGAUGCCAGAACAGUGUUCUGCAUGCAACUGUCGCAGAGGAUCAGGGGACGUGACCUCGAAGAGUUCUUCUCAUCGGUUGGAAAGGUACGAGAUGUAAGACUUAUCACCUGCAACAAGACGAGGAGGUUCAAAGGUAUUGCCUACAUUGAGUUUAAAGAUCCGGAAUCAGUUCCCUUGUAAGCAUUGGGGCUAAAUGGACAAAAGCUACUGGGAGUGCCAAUCAUUGUUCAACAAACACAAGCCGAGAAGAAUCGCGCCGGCAAUUCGAUGCCAAAUCUAGUGCCUAGAGGUGUGCCUUGCCCGAUGCGGCUCUACGUCGGCUCGCUGCACUUCAACAUCACCGAGGACAUGCUGCGAGGAAUAUUCGAGCCAUUCGGCAAAAUAGACAGCAUUCAACUCAUGACAGAUCCGGAGACUGGCCGAUCCAAGGGCUACGGCUUUAUAGCGUUCCACAAUUCAGAAGAUGCGAAGAGGGCGCUGGAGCAGUUGAAUGGAUUCGAACUGGCGGGAAGACCGAUGAAAGUUGGCAAUGUCACCGAGCGCACCGAGUUUAUUUCUCAAGGCCCAUCGAUGCUGGACAGUGACGAGCUGGACAGGAGUGGCAUUGAUCUCGGUGCCACUGGACGCUUGCAGCUCAUGUUCAAAUUGGCCGAAGGGACUGGCAUGCAGAUACCGCCAGCAGCUGCAUCGGCAUUGAACCUGAACCCUGGUAUUCCUGUGGUACAACAGCCCACGCCACCCAUUGCAACUCAAUGCUUCAUGUUGGCAAACAUGUUUGAUCCAGCUACGGAAACGAACCCGAACUGGGAGCUUGAAAUUCGAGAUGAUGUUGUAGAAGAAUGCAAUAAGCAUGGAGGUGUACUCCAUGUGUAUGUGGAUAAGGCUUCGCCGCAAGGAAAUGUGUACGUCAAAUGUCCAACGAUCAAUACAGCCGUUGCUGCAGUCAACUCCUUACAUGGUCGUUGGUUUGCAGGUCGUGUAAUUACAGCUGCGUAUGUGCCUUUGAUCAACUACCACAGUCUUUUCCCGGAUACUAUUACACAGAUGGCCCUGCUCUCAACCUCGUCACAAAGGAGAGGAAUAUGAAUGUUACAGACAAUUUCGCGUUCCUUGUAAAUAAGUCCCUUAAUUUUCGUUGUAUUUACUUUCAAUAAUUUUGCACACUAGGACCUCAGGUUGUAUAAAACAAUCAUCGCAUGACAGAAGAAGAACUAUUAUGCCCUACUUAUUUUUCUGUUAUCGUCAGUAAUAUUGACGUACUGAUUUAUUAUUUGAUUAUAAUCUAUAGUGCCUCUGAAACCGUGGUUCCAACCUGAUAUCCUAUUGCGCUGGCAAGUUUGUGCUUUUUGUAAAUAGUCAAGUUGAAUAUAGUUUUCAAAAGAAGUUGUAAAAUAUGAUUUUAAGAAGUAAUAAGUAAUUAACCUUCUAUGUACAGUUCAUCAAAUUCAUUUAUAUUUUUCAUACUGUGUAUGAGAAUCGAAGGUUUAUGAAUUUUAUAGAUCUCAUUUCAAAUCGAGUCUGCACAUUUUUUUCAUUUUUAUAUUUCAAUGAUUUUUGUGCAAUACUGCGAUUAUUAUGAAUUAACCAUCUUUGAGAUAGUAUUUCUAGUUGACAAUACAUCACAAUAGGUAGGCUACAUUGAUUAUCAUAAAUUUCAGUAGAGUAGUUACAAUAUUUUAAAUAAGUCUAAUAAUAUUGGCAUUGAACUAUAUUAGAAUUUAUGACAGUAUUGAGCAUUAAGUUUGUUGCACAUGGUUUGAUAUGUAUGCAAUUUUAAUUGAAAUAGAAGUGUUUAAAUUUUCAACAAAUUGUACAUUUUUCUAAAAAAUAAAAUAUUAUUUCUUUAUCAAAAU